UUUUCGACUCAGCUGGAGUCGUCCCUGUUACACAGAGCUCUGGGGUGGCUGUUAGAUGAGGGAUGGCGACGUCCUUUAUUUACUAGAAGUGACGUAAACCUGUUCUUCAAGUCACUGUUGAUCUGUAACUCGCACAUAAACUGGGUCCAGAUUACUCUACGGACACUGCAGUCAGAGAGGAGCACUUUGGUGAACUUGCACUUUAUGCAACAAACAACCACAGCUAUAAAAGCAGCCCCCCGCCAACAGAAACCGGCCAUGGCGCUGCGCCCACGUGCUUCCUCUCAACCUGGAAAACUUUCUUUUCUCCAGAGUCCCAAGGUGGCUUCGACUCUUCGACCCCGGGCUGUUUCUUCGCAGUCAGGCUCCAUGUUGGAAGAGGAGCUGUCUUGUCCUGUCUGCUGCGAGAUUUUCAAGGACCCCGUGGUGCUUAAGUGCAGCCACAGCUUCUGCCGAGUCUGUCUACAGCAGUUCUGGAACAAGAAGAAGGCCAGGCGCGAGUGUCCCAUCUGCAGGAGGAAGUGCCCCCUGACGGAGCCCACAGUGAGCCUGGCGCUGAAGAACGUGGCUGACACCUUCCUGAGGGAGCAGGAGCGCAAGACGGCCACAGCUGGGACAGGGACAGAGGCUGGGGCCAACGGGGCAGGGGAGGGGGCAGGGGAGCAAGCAGGGACGGUGGAGGAGCGCUGCAUCACACACGGGGAAGUACUCAAGCUCUUCUGUCUGGAUGACUUUGAAGUCCUCUGCUGUGUGUGUCACACCUCGAAGAAGCACCAGGGACACAGAGUGUGUCCCUUGGAAGAGGGAGCUCAGGACCUUAAGGCAGAGAUGAAGCAAGAGCUGAUACCUCUGAAGAAAAACUUGCGUUGCCUGUAUGAAGCCAAGCAGGAGUGUGAUGACACAACCGUGCACAUCAAGAACCAGACUCAGGCCACAGCAAAGCAGAUCAAAGCGGAGUUUGAGCAGCUGCGAGAGUUUUUGCAGAAGGAGGAGACAGCGCGACUGGCUGCCCUGCAGCAGGAGGACCAGGAGAAGAAAGAGCUGGUGAAGAAGAAGUCAGAGAGCAUCACCAGCUGUAUCCUCACCUUCUCUCACGCUAUCAUUGCCAUUGAGAAUGAGAUUGCUUCCAGUGAUGCUCUCUUCCUUAAGAAUUACACCAACACAAAGAAAAGAGUACAGAUCCCACACAAGGAUCCAGGAAAAGUGUCAGGUGCUCUUAUAAAUGUGGCCAAGCAUGUCAGUUCCAUCAAGUACCAUGUAUGGGAGAAGAUGGUGGAGCUGGUUCAGUACACACCGAUUACCCUGGACCCCAACACUGCCUACUCCUGGCUGUCCCUCUCCCCAGACCUGACCAGUGUCACCAACAGUGGAUCCCUCCAGCAGCUCCCGGACAAUCCUGAACGUUUCGGCCACUUUGUGUUCGUGCUGGGCUCAGAGGGCUUCACUUCGGGCUGCCAUGCCUGGGAGGUGGAGGUGGGCGACAAGUUGGACUGGAUGCUUGGGGUGGUCAAGGAGUCCAUCGACAGAAAAGGCCGUAUCUCGGGCUGUCCUGAGGGCGGUUUUUGGAUGAUCUCGCACUACGAUGGCAAGUACUCGGCCAUGACGAGGCCCAGCACCCCGCUGCAUCUGGAGGGAGAGCUGACCCGAGUCAGGGUGCAGCUGGACUUCGACUCCGGAGAGGUGAUCUUCUCCAACCCUAUUAGCAUGACGCCCAUCUACACUUUUACCGACUUCUUCACCCAGAAGAUGUAUCCCUUCUUCUGCCCUGGAGCCAACAUAAAUGGCAAUAACCCCAACCCACUUAAGAUCUGCCCCGCCAAGGUGGUUGUGUGGAACAGUGCGACAUGGUGAUUUGAGGAUGCCUUACAAAGGCCAUUAAGCAAACUUAAGAAAUUUAAGCAGACGAUAGUUAUAAUCAGUGCAUGCGUGUGUGUAAAAUGACCACAUUACAAGCAAAGUAAUUAUAACAGGUAUUGGUUUAUUUCA